UAUCGAUCAUUGUGCAGCUGCUGUAAUCACCGCUAGACAUUAUUAUUACUAUUAUUAUUAUUUACGGUCGUCUUGCGUACGGCGGUGUUGAAGUCAUACAAUAAUGUGUGUGUGUACGACGCGUAUACACCUGAUCAUGAUGGUUUCUUCUCGUUUCUUCCGUUGAUCGUCGAUCGUCUCUUGUCGAAAUCCGCGACGUACUGUUUCGCUGUUCCGGCUUGAGCUUGAGCUUCGCUUCAGACUUCAGCGUCCGUUGCAUCUCCCGCACUCCUCAACAAACCUAAAUGACCGGAUUUUGUUUUUAGUUAAAUAGUAAAAUUAUUCAAUCAAAAUGGAAAUUGAACAAUUGGUAUAUGAAACACUCAUGCAGGCCAGUAGUCAACAUCCUGAUAUGCUGAAACCUGCUGAACAAAAACUUAAAGAAUGGGAAGUACAACCAGGAUUUUAUUCAUUGUUAUUUAGAAUAUUUUCCAAUCAGUCAUUAGACUUGAAUGUUCGUUGGAUGGCAAUUCUAUGUUUUAAACAAGGUGUUGAAAAAUAUUGGAGAAAAAAUAGUCAACAUGGCAUUUCGGAAGAGGAAAAAGUUACUUUAAGAAAAAUGUUAUUAACAAACUUGUCUGAACCUGUUCCACGACUUGCUACUCAAGUUAGUGUAAUAAUUGGCAGAGUUGCAAGAUUGGAUUGGCCUUAUGAUUGGGGAGAUUUGAUGCCUGAAUUAAUGGAACGUAUCAAAUAUGAUCCACAAAAUCGUGCUUUGUUAUCAAUGCAUCAUGUAGUCAAAUCAUUAUCAGGAAAACGAUUGUAUGAUAGUAUACGAUUAUUUCAAGAUGCAUCCAGCCAAUUAUUCCCAAACUUUUAUAGUCAUUGGGAACAAAGAACUGAUGCAUUUAUUGAAGAAAUGGAACAAGGGCAUGCAUUCCCUUCAACAGCUAAACUUUUGGAAGAUGCAUUUUAUACUCAAAAAAUUUUGUCCAACUUUGUAUUGUAUGGUUUUAAAUCACCUUAUCCUGAUGAUGUAAAAAGAUUCAUCUUAGCUGUCUUCAAUAAAGUUCGACCAAUUGUUGCUUGCCGUGCUUACUACCCUGAUUUAAUUGAAAAAUUUGUGUGUCGAAUGUUCAAAAUGCUUAUGACAAUCAUAGAAGAGCAUCCUGCUGAAUAUUUGGAUUUUAUUCAGCCAACUAUUGAACUUGCUUAUUACUAUGGUUUUACUGCUGAAGGAAACGCUGUUGUCUUUGAAAGAUUCUUAAUACAGCUUUUUAAUUUAACUAAAUUCAUAUUAAUUUGUCCUCAAUAUAAAUUGCCUCGUACUAAUGGCCCUGUUUGUCAAGUUGAGGAAAAUGCAAGAAGAAUAUCAGUUAUAGCUGUUCAACAUAAAGGGUCAGUAUUCAAAUCUGAUCGAUUAAUGAAUAUGUGUCAGCAGCUAAUCUAUAAAUAUUUUUUGCUGACACCAGCUGAAUUAGAAAUAUGGGAUAGCGAUCCAGAAAUGUUUGCUACAGAUGAAGUUGGAGAAUAUUGGAAGUAUAACUUAAAGGCAUGUACAGAAUCAUUAUUUAUGUCAUUAUUUCAUGAGUUUAGAGAAUUAUUAACACCUAGACUUGCAGCAACUAUUGAGUCAAAUAGAGAAUUUGUUGACCCUACUAAUUUAGAAGCAGUAUUAAAAAAAGAUGCUAUUUAUAAUGCAUUUGGACUUACUGCAUUUGAAAUGUUUGAUAUUAUAAAUUUUGAUGACUGGUUUAAUACAACUUUACGUCAAGAGUUGAUGGAAACACGUGGUCAUUCACGUGUAUUGAAAAGACGUGUUGCAUGGUUGAUUGGACAAUGGCUUACAGUCAGACUAAACCCUGAAUAUAGACCAGAAUUGUAUAAUAUUCUCAUCGGACUUUUAAAUCCUGAACAAGAUAUGGCUGUUCGUUUAGCUGCUACAUCUACUUUACGAUGUGCAAUCGAUGAUUUUGAUUUUAGUUCAGAGCACUUCAUUGAAUAUUUGGAGCCAAUGGCAUUCUCAUUAUAUAAACUUUUAGUUAGUGUACGAGAGUGUGACACAAAGUUAAAUGUUCUACAUGUAAUGUCAUUUAUGGUAGAACGAUUAGGUCCUAUGGUUGAACCUUAUUUUGACUCUUUACUUCAGUACUUACCAAAAUUAUGGACUGACUCAGAUGACCAUCAUAUGCUUCGUUGUGCAAUUAUUUCCACAUUAACACAAAUUGUUCGAGCUAUUCGAACAAAAAGUGCUGAACUUACCCCAUUCUUAGUUCCUAUAAUUAGAUACAGUGUAGAUAUUAAAGAAACAGCAUAUAUUUAUUUACAAGAAGAUGGUCUUGAAUUACUGUUAUCUUAUAUUGAAUCAUGUUCAACAUAUAAUGAUGACAUGCUAAGUUUAAUAAAUUAUCUUCUUCCAUUAUUAGAUUACUCUACUGAACAUUUAAAAACUGGUCUUAUGAUACUUGAAGCUUAUAUUCUAAUUGCACCAGAAAGAGUUAUAUCGGAAUAUGGUACACAAUUUUUUAACUUAACUACAUCUCUAAUGAAUGAUCUUAAAGAUGAAGGAAUAGUAUGUAUACUAUCUCUAUAUGAAACAAUUAUUAAAGUCAAUUUACCGCAAACUAUAGAGAUGAUGAUGGUUGUUUUAGGACAAAACUUAAAAUGCUUAUGCUCAGGAGAAAUAGGUUUGACAGUAAAUAGUUGCCGUUUAUCUUUGAUUUCUAGAGUCAUAUUAAAUGACCCAGCUAUUUUUAUUCAAGUUGUAGAACAUUUAUGUAUCACAGAGAAUGGUAAUUUAAUAAACUUUGAUAAUGUUCUUAAUAGAAUUAUUGAAGUUUGGUUAGAACGCAUGAACCAAAUUGUACAAAAUGAUAGAAGAAAACUAUUAGGCCUUGCAUUAGCUUCACUUUUAACUUGUCAAAAGAAACCAAUUUUAGAAUUAUUUAAAGAAAUCAUAACUGUUUGUGUGGAAACUUUAAAUGACAUAAUGAGGAAGACUGAUGAUGGAAGUUAUACAGAUUCCAUGUUAUUGACUGAUGAUUGCUCCAAUGUAAGUUCGCGAGCGAAUUCUGAAUGUGAAUAUCAGUAUGAAACUGAACAUAAUGAACGCCAAAGGUGUCUGUCACUUAAAGACCCAGUACACUGCAUACCAUUCCAUACAUUUUUGCAGUCUCAAUUAUUAACAUUGAAAAAUCAAAUUGGAGAGCAACAGUUCCAAAGUGGGCUUAUAUCCAAGGUAGACAGUGACAUACUAGAACAACUUUACUUGUACAUGUAGAGUGGCAUAAAUUAAUGUUAUGUACAAAAUGUCUUUCUUCCAUUCAGUCUACAAAGCUCUUUUAUAUUAUGAAAUAAUUACUAAAUUAUAUUAUGUUAUAAAAAUUGAUACAUAACUGUGUAAUAUUUAGACAGGUUUAAUUUAUCAUUAAUUUAACUAUACUCUAUUUCUUUGAACAGAAAAUUUACUGUAUAAUUUUUUUUUUCACAAUUGAUUUUUAUACAUUGUUUUUAUUGCAGCUGUAUUGAGACCUAUUGAUAGGCACAACAUGUUAAAAGUUUUGUCGCAUUAUUUACUUGAUGAUUAAUAUUGUUCACUCCAGACUCAUUUUACAAUUUUAUAUUUUGCCAUUGAUCUAAUAAGAAUAUACUAGUCAUUAAUGAAAUUUA